AUGUUUAAGGUCGCACGUAACCGCCCGUGGGUAUAUGCAAAAUGUAUUUCAAACCGAUACAGAGCCCAGACACGCCUACAAUAUAGUACGGCAACACAAUAUAUCGAUCGCGAAUCACGAUCAAAACCACUCGACAAUUCAGCUCCGGGAGCGCUUCACGAUGAGAGGACUCUCAGGCAGAUAUUCGACUCGAAGGACUUUUGGAAGGAAUUCUCUUCCUCGUCCAAAGCCGGUGCGAAAGGGCACAAUAUAGGGCUCUUCCAGAAUAGAUAUCUUGUCAAUGCCAAAGGAUUCGAACGGUUUGCGGAUGCAAAUCUCCAGAAGGCGAAACGGAUUGUGCAUAAGGUGCUAAGUGCAUUAUUGAAGCAUGAAUAUCAAAGCAUCGCCAGAGAUCUGGAUACACUGAGUGACAUGCUAUGCCGGGUUAUCGAUCUCUCAGACUUUGUCCGAGCUACACACCCCGACGAGAGGAUACAAUACGCUGCCUCGCAAGCUCACUCUAUGAUGUUUGAGUUUAUGAACGUUCUGAACACAACGACAGGACUCAAUGAGCAGCUGGGAAUAGCUAUGGCCGACCCAGAAAUUACAGCCACAUGGACAGAAGAGGAGAUGGUUGUUGCACAAGCCCUCAAAAAGGAUUUCACAAAAUCGGCCAUUGCCCUACCCAAAGCGAUCCGAGAAAAGUUCGUACGAUUGUCGCAGGAAAUUAGUGAGGUUGGUCAUGAUUUCGUGGAGUCCAUGGAGCCAGCACAGCGAGAACUACAAUUCUCAAGUGGCAAGCUCAAGGGGAUGGAUCCCCUACUAGUAAGGAGCGUCACGAGGUGGGGUUCUGCUGUGGUACCAACGCACAGUGACAUUUCCAUUGCAGCCAUCAGAUCCGUCCAAAACGAAGGCGUACGGAGAGAUCUGUUUCUUGCAAAUAGGACAUCCUCCCCUGCACAGAUUCAGCGACUCGAUGAUUUGAUGAGAAAGAGAGCGGAAUUGGCGAAGCUCACUCAAUACAAAAGCUAUGGACAUCUAGCUCUAGGGGAUAAGAUGGCGAAGUCACCAGAGUCCGUCAAUCAGUUCUUAAGCGCCUUAUCCGAAGGUAAUAAACCAAAGGCGAAGCAAGAGGUUGAUCAACUCCAGCAAUUUAAAGACAGGCAUACAAUUAGCACAUCUGCUAGAUUACAGCCUUGGGACAAGGAUUUCUACAUUUCCCAGCUCCGAUCGUCCAUGCACUCCAAGUCUCGGAACCCUGACUUUUUGUCGGCGUACUUCUCCCUUGGGACCGUCAUGCAAGGUUUGUCUCGUUUGUUUACAAGGCUUUAUGGCAUUCGAUUUGCACCUCGAGAAACCGUUCAUGGAGAAGCGUGGAAUAAUGAUGUGCGUCGCCUCGAUGUGAUCUCGGAGACUGACGGACAUGUCGCUGUGCUCUACUGUGACCUCUUCUCGCGACCUGGAAAAUCUCCCAACCCGGCACAUUUCACACUCCGUUGUUCGCGUGAAAUUGCAGAGGAGGAGAUUGAAGAGGCAGCAGUUUCCCACGAUCGCAUCUUUUCCUCUGCUGAGGAGGCUGCUAACGAUGGCAUGGCUACCUCGCGUGCCUCUGGUUCUCUGAGGCAACUCCCUACCAUUGCGCUGAUCUGCGACUUCCGCACAUCAGCUAAAGCCAGUCUCCUCAGCUUCAGCGAGGUGCAGACCCUCUUUCAUGAAAUGGGCCACGCAAUCCACUCUAUCCUAGGCCGUACCUCUCUACAAGAAGUCUCUGGUACUCGUUGUGCCACCGACUUCGCCGAGUUGCCGUCUGUACUUAUGGAACACUUUGCGGCUGAUCCUACUGUACUCAGCCUCUUUGCCAGGCAUUAUGAGACUGACCAGCCUCUCCCAUACAGGCUUGUCGAGGAGAAACUUGCGAUUGGCAAGCAGUUCAGCGGUGUGGAGACUGAGUCCCAGAUUAUUCUCGCAAUGCUUGAUCAAGCAUACCACUCGGAGGCACCGCUUGAUAAGUCCUUUAAUUCCACGCAAGUGUUCCAUGAGAUCCAGAGGCAGCAUGCGAUGUUACCGCAAGACCCUGAAGGGACGAGCUGGCAGGGUUUCUUUGGGCAUCUAAGCGGCUAUGGCAGUACGUAUUACAGCUACCUAUUCGACCAAGUCCUAGCAGAUCGGAUCUGGAAGGUGGUGUUCCAGGGUGGACAGGACGGCGCGAGUGUUGAUAGGGAAAGGGGAGAGAGGAUGAAGGAGGACGUUUUGAGAUGGGGUGGUGGUAGAGACCCGUGGAGAUGUCUAUCAGAUGUUCUAGGUGACUCGAGGGUACGAGAUGGUGGGAAGGAGGCGAUGGCAGUUGUAGGGAGCUGGAAAAAGGCCAAUUAA